AUGGCAGCUAACGAAUACUAUAACCCAUCUCCGUCCCCGGGGAAUGGACAACGCUACAAUGCUCCUCCGCCACGUCUCCCUUUGGACCCUUAUGCCACCUACGCCUCCCAUCCUACGCAGCCAUCACCGCCUCAGAUAUCAUCCCCCUACGAAGACACAAGCUAUCGACCUUAUGCCGACCAAAGUCAGCAAAGCAUACCCUCUCCCUACUACGCCUCCGGUGGCGGAGGCCGAGAGACCGAGCCAAAUACAUACUCAGACGACAUCCCUCUACGACAACAUCCGAGCAAAGGGAGUUCGGAGAUGUUGCAUGAUCCACUGCCUCACGAUCCUGCCAUUAUCGACAGACCGACCCAAAACGCCGCCCGAAGGAGGAGGAAGCAAGGAUUCUUUGGUGGUGGGAAGAUACCAUGGGUUGUAUACACCUUGACCCUGAUUCAGGUGUGUGUAUUCAUCGCGGAGCUUGUGAGGAAUGGUGUUCUCACCAAAACCCCUAUCGAAAUCCACCCAUCCUUCAACCCUAUGAUUGGCCCUUCCCCUUAUGUCCUCAUCAACAUGGGCGCCCGCUAUGUUCCCUGUAUGCGCCAGACAUCUGAAGGUCUGGACACAACAAUCGACUGGCCGUGUCCCAACACGACAUCCACCUCCCUAGACGAUUCUUCCAAUCAGUGUCAAUUGAACAAUCUUUGCGGCUUUCACGAUAAAGCCUACACAAAAAGCAACCCUCCAAACCAGUGGUUCCGCUUCAUCAUUCCUAUGUUCCUACAUGCUGGAUUCAUACACAUCGCAUUCAACAUGUUACUGCAGAUUCUACUUGGAAAAGAGAUUGAGAUACUGAUUGGCUCGAUACGAUUCCUUAUCAUCUACCUCAGCAGUGGGAUCUUCGGCUUUAUACUUGGCGGUAAUUUCGCUCCACAAGGCAUAGCGUCAACCGGUGCUUCGGGCUCUCUCUUCGGUAUCAUUGCUAUCAUGCUUUUGGACCUCCUCUACCACUGGGAAGAGCGUCAAUCACCAUGGAUAGAUCUUGCUUGGCUGAUGUUCGAUAUCGUAAUAUCGUUUGCCUUGGGGCUUUUGCCUGGACUGGACAAUUUCUCGCACAUAGGAGGUUUUCUCAUGGGCUUAGUCUUGGGUAUCUGUUUAAUACAUUCACCAGAAAUUCUACGGCAACGGGUUGGUGCAGACCUUCCCCCUUAUGCCUCUGUUCAGCAGGCACGGAAAUUAGCCGACAAUGGCGACAUAAAAGCUUUCGUGAAAGAACCAGUGGCAUUUUUCAAGGGUCGCAAGCCGCUAUGGUGGGCAUGGUGGCUGGUGCGGGCAGCUGCAUUGAUAGGCGCAUUUGUUGUCUUCAUUGUGCUUUUGAAGAAUUUCUACAAAGCAGACCCGAAGACGUGCCACUGGUGUCGGUACUUGAGCUGCAUAGACAUUAAGAAUUGGUGUGACAUUGGCAAUUUACAGACGACAAACGGAACGACAGGCAGCAAGCGGGAUCUUUUGAGCAGGCCAUUGGUGACCAAAUUGGAGUAUUUUCUCUGA